CAUAUAGGACUGCAGGUUUGGUUUAGCAUAAUUUAGAACAAUGGCUCAUCCUGUAUCAACAGAUGACAUAGAGUCAUUCAGAGAGGAGUUGGCUGAAGUGGGAAGGAGCAUGAGACUGAUAAGUAGUAAUAGUUUGAGCUUCAGAAGCAAGAGGAACAGUGGCAUCUUCAGUCAAGCAUCCUCUUCCCAAUUCAAUUAUGAAGAAGAUGUUGUAGAUGAUGAGGAGGCCCUACAUUGGGCAGCUAUAGAAAAACUUCCAACCUAUGACAGAAUCAGAGCUUCUGUCCUCAAGGAAUAUGAUGAAGGUGGCAUAGUCACAGACAGGCAUAUUGUGGAUGUCAGGCAUCUCAAGCCUCUGCAGAGGCAUUUGCUCAUUGAGAAACUGAUCAAGGACAUAGAGAAAGACAAUAAGAAGUUGCUUAAGAAGCUCAGAGACAGAAUAGACAAAGUGGGCAUAGAGAUACCAACAGUUGAAGUGAGAUACCAAAACUUGACCGUUGAUGCACAUUGCCUCGUUGGUCAUAGAGCUCUUCCAACACUUUGGAAUGUUGUGAGAAAUGGUUUUGAGGGUAUUCUGGAUAUGGUGCAUCUCUCUCCAUCUGACAAAGCAAAAUUUACCAUUCUAAAAGAUGUUAAUGGUGUAAUCAAACCUUCACGGUUUACUCUUCUGUUAGGUCCACCAGGGUGUGGAAAGACAACAUUGCUCCGAGCUCUUGCAGGGAAAUUGGACCCAAAACUGAAGAUGACAGGUCAUGUCUCAUACAAUGGAUUUCAAUUCAAUGAAUUUGUCCCUGGAAAGACAUCUGCUUACAUCAGCCAAUAUGAUCUACAUAUUCCAGAAAUGACUGUUAGAGAGACAUUUGAUUUCUCAGCUCGUUGCCAAGGAGUGGGUAGCAGGCCUGAACUUCUCUUGGAACUCGGAAAAAGAGAAAAAGAAGUUGGGAUUCUUCCCGACGCAGAUAUAGACAUAUAUAUGAAAGCAGUUUCAGUUGAGGGGCUGAAAGGAAAUCUUCAAACAGAUUAUGUUUUGAAGAUCCUUGGCUUGGAUAUUUGUUCAGAUAUCAAGAUUGGUAAUGCCAUGAUAAGAGGAAUUUCUGGAGGGCAGAGAAAAAGGGCAACAACUGGGGAAAUGAUUGUAUCUCCAAUAAAAACUCUAUUCAUGGAUGAGAUAUCAAGUGGCUUGGAUAGCUCCACUACAUUUCAGAUUGUAAAGUGCCUUCAACACUCUUCCCACAUUAUGGCGGCAACUAUAUUGAUAUCACUCCUCCAACCAGCCCCAGAGACAUUUAAUCUCUUUGAUGACAUAAUCUUGAUGUCAGAAGGGCAGAUAGUGUACCAUGGGCCCCGUGCUCAUGCAUUAGAGUUCUUUGAGAGUUGUGGCUUCAAGUGCCCUGAACGCAAGGACACUGCAGAUUUUCUCCAGGAGGUUACCUCUCGAAAAGAUCAAGAACAAUAUUGUUAUAACAGGGAAAAGCCAUAUGUAUACUUUACAGUUGAGCAGUUUUCUCAGAGAUUCAAAGAGUUCCAUGUUGGACAAGGGUUGUCAAAAGAAUUGUCACAGCCUUAUGAUAAGUCCAAAAGCCACACGGACGCUUUAUCUUUCAACAAAUACUCGUAUAGGAAAUGGGAAUUGUUCAAGGCAUGCUUUUACCGAGAAUGGCUACUUAUGAAGCGAAAUUCAUUUGUUUAUAUAUUCAAGGCAGUACAACUUCUUGUAGUUGCAUUUAUCACAAUGACAGUCUUCCUUCGGACACACAUGAAAGUUGACUUGAAGCAUGGAAAUUAUUAUCUAGGAGUUCUCUUUUUCUCACUUCUCUUCUUGAUGUUCAAUGGUUUUGCGGAGCUAUACAUGACAUUGUCUCGGCUUCCAAUAUUUUUCAAACAAAGGGAUCUUUACUUCUAUCCAGCAUGGGCUUACACACUUCCAGGAUUUGUUUUGAAGAUUCCACUCUCAUUGUUGGACUCAUUUAUUUGGACCUCAACAACAUACUAUGUAAUUGGUUACUCCCCUGAAGCUGGCAGGUUUUUUCGUCAAUUUUUUGUAUUUUUUACUCUACAUCAAAUGGCAAGUUCGUUGUUUCGUGCUAUUGCUGGAUUUUGUCGACACAUAGUCAUUGCUAACACUGGAGGUUCAUUUGCAAUAUUGACCGUCUUGACACUUGGUGGAUUCCUAAUUCCCAGAUCUUCUAUUCCAAAAUGGUGUCGAUGGGCAUACUGGAUUUCCCCUUUGUCAUAUGCAGAGAGUGCAAUUACAGUCAAUGAAUUUCUUGCUCCACGAUGGGAAAAGUUGUCUUUUCAAAACACCAGCCUUGGUGUACAGGUGCUGAAAAAUCGUGCACUUUUUCAUGAAGAUCGUUUUUAUUGGAUAGGCAUUGGAAGUUUAAUUGGAUUUACUAUACUAUUCAACUUUGCAUACACCCUUGCUUUGACAUAUUUGAACCCCAUUGGCCAAUCACAAACUGUAAUAUCUCGAGAAGAGCUGGCUCAUAUUCAAAAUAGCCAAGAAGAUGCCACUGAUGGUCUACAUGAUGGAUCAAGUCCAGUGUCUAGGACUGAAGACAGAAGUACAGCUGAAAUGCACGUUCACCAUACAACCAGGGCAUGUGAUGAUAGCAAAAGAAUCUAUAAAGGUUCUGAUUCUGCCAGAUUCAUUGAUGCAAAACGUGGAAUGAUAUUACCUUUCCAGCCUUUAUCAAUCGCCUUCCAAGAUAUCCAGUAUUUUGUUGACAUGCCUGUGGAAAUGAAACAAGAGGGAGUAACAGAGAAAAGGCUUCAAUUGCUGACAGAUGUGACAGGAGCUUUUAGGCCAGCAGUUUUGACAGCUUUAAUGGGUGUCAGUGGAGCGGGAAAGACAACGCUGAUGGAUGUUCUUGCAGGAAGAAAGACUGUAGGUUAUAUUGAAGGAGAAAUACGAAUCUCAGGGUUCCCAAAGGUGCAAGAAACAUUUGCCCGAAUAUCAGGCUACUGUGAACAGAAUGACAUCCACUCUCCACAAGUUACAGUGCAUGAGUCGCUUCUUUAUUCAGCUUGGUUACGCUUCGCACCUGAAAUAGAUUCCAAGACCAAGAAGCAUUUUGUGAAUGAAGUCAUGCAGCUAGUUGAAUUAGAUGAUUUGAAAGAUGCCCUUGUAGGCAUUCCUGGUGUUAGCGGUUUAUCUACAGAACAGCGCAAAAGAUUGACAAUUGCAGUGGAGCUUGUUGCAAAUCCUUCAAUCAUAUUCCUGGAUGAGCCUACCUCCGGUUUAGAUGCUCGGGCUGCUGCUAUAGUAAUGCGUGCAGUGCGGAAUACAGUGGAUACAGGGCGUACGGUAGUUUGCACUAUUCACCAGCCAAAUAUUCAAAUUUUUGAAUCAUUUGAUGAGCUGUUGUUGAUGAAGCGCGGAGGUGAAAUAAUUUAUGCUGGUGCUUUAGGUCACCAUUCAAGAAAAGUCAUAGAAUACUUUCAGGCUAUAACAGGUGUUCCUAAGCUCAGGGAUAGGCAUAAUCCUGCAACAUGGAUGUUAGAGGUAACCUCAAUGACUGUUGAACAGCAACUUGGUAUAGACUUCGCUCAGAUCUACAGAGAAUCAAGUCUUUCUAGGGAAAAUAUUCAGCUAGUUGAGGAGUUAAGUACCCCUGCCUCUGAUGCCAAGGACCUGUAUUUCCCAACUCAGUAUGCACAGAACGCUUGGAAGCAAUUUACAAGCUGCCUCUGGAAGCAGUUUUGGACAUAUUGGCGAAGCCCUGGUUACAAUUUGGUCCGCUUUUCUUUCACUUUUGGUUCAGCAUUGCUCUUUGGUGUCAUCUACUGGCAACAAGGGACAAAAAUAGAAUCCGAAGAAGACCUCUUCAAGUCGGUGGGAGCCAUGUAUGGUGCAAAUAUAUUUAUAGGAGUAACUAAUAGCUCCUCUGUGCAACCUGUAGUUGAUGUAGAACGCCAGGUUUUCUAUAGAGAAAAGGCAGCUGGAAUGUAUUCUGGCAGCGUAUAUGCUUGGGCACAGGUAGCAGUAGAACUCCCAUAUGCCCUUUUACAAGCAAUCCUCUAUGGGCUCGUCACAUAUUCAAUGAUGGGCUACCACUGGUCUGCAGAUAAAUUUUUCUGGUACCUAUUUGCAAGCUUCUGCACUUUUCUCUACUUCACAUACUACGGGAUGCUGGCAGUCUCAAUCAGUCCAAAUGCUCAAGUUGCAGCCAUAAUUGCAUCUGCAUUUUACUCUAUUUUCAGUCUUUUCUCAGGCUUCCUCAUACCAAGACCUCAAAUUCCUGGCUGGUGGGUAUGGUACUACUGGAUUUGCCCAACUUCCUGGACUCUGAAUUGUCUCAUAACUUCUCAGUAUGGAGAUAUGACAAAGCAGAUAAGAAUCAAUGGCAACUCUCAACAAUCAAUCAAAGACUUCUUAAAAGAUUAUUUUGGAUUUCAUCAUGACAUGUUGGGCAUUGUGGCUGCAGUCUUGGUAAUCUUUCCUGUAUUUUUUGCAAUUAUGUUUGCUAUUGGCAUCACCAGAUCCAAUUUUCAGAAGAGAUAAUGGCAAUUUUGGAAAUAAGCCACAUCCAUUUGGGAAAAACUUUGUUGGAUAAGUUUUAACUUGUCCUAUCUCAUCCUACCACAUAUGUACCAGGGCACAUCAUUUAUCUACUUCAGGAUAUAACCUAGGUAAUUUGUAUAUCACGCUUUAUAAUUGGUUUUGGACCCCAUCCUGAUGAUUAGGAACUAGGAGGUUGAAUGGCCUCUAUCUUAAUUAUAUAUGGACAUUGUAUUGUUGAUGAAGUGCUUCUGCCAUUGUCAAUCAUAUUGUGUAUUGAUUUAGUUUGUUUA